AGGCCUAGUGCAGCUUGAAAUUGUAGACUAUAUUGGGAAACAAAACAUGGCGGCAUUUUGAACGGCUUUUCCGGGUUUGUAUUUUGAACUGUGGAUGAACCACUGUAAUCAAACUUCCUGUGCUUACGAACCAGGAGCAAGACGAACCACUACAACAUGAGUUUGGCCGUUCCUGGAAUCCACGACUACACUUAUACGUUGUAGAGACUUGACUGGCAUCACAAUGAAGAGAGGACAGACGGGUGUUAUCAAGAGGAGACCUGGCGCUGGUCCAUCGAAGAAGCUCCCCAAAACACCCCAGAGAGCUGCCCCUGUUAAAAAGGCACCUCCUACAGAGAACAGAGAUGAAGAGACAUCCCCAUCAAAGUCUCCGGUUCGCUACAUCACAGAGGGUCUGAUCAAACAGACUACAGGGAAGGAAAGCCUGAAUGAUGUGCUAUCCCUUCGUCUCACCGUCAGGAAAGAUGACGGCAAGAAAAUUAGGUACAUUGAGAACCUUGAGGGACUGAAGCGGCUCCAGGUCCUGAACCUGUCCUUCAACCAGAUCCAGAAGAUGGAACGCCUGGCCCACCUGACCCGCCUCAGGGAGCUGGACCUGAGCUGUAACUGCAUCGCUCGGAUCGAGGGUCUGGAGACCUUGCUCCACGUCCAGAUCCUCAACCUGUCCCACAAUCUGAUUGAGACCAUACCGGCUUGGCUUGGCAAGAGGCUCAAGGCACUGAGGGAGUUCCACCUGGAAGGCAACAUGCUCUUCUCUCUGAGCGAUGUAGCUCGACUACGACCUCUGAAAGAUCUGGUGAGUCUGUCUCUGUCCAAGAAUCCUCUGUGCGACCUGGCCCACUACCGCCUCUAUGCCGUGUUCCAUCUCAGAACUGUAGGGCUGUUGGAUAGGCAGCAGGUCACAGAGAGGGAGAGGAUGGAAGCGGAGGAGAGGUUUGCUCAAGAGGAGAUUGAGAACCUGGAGGUCCAGCUGGAGGCCAGAGAUAAGAGUUUCCAUGCCCUGGAAGCAGACCACACCACCACCCUGGACGAGAAAAAGAAGACAGAGGGAAAGGCCCAGGCACUGGAGAAGAAGUCCCAACUUGACCAGCAGAGGGUCAAAGAGCUGGAGAGUGAACUCAAAGCAAAGGAUGAACUGUUGAGACGGAAGACGGCUGAAUUGACCAAGGCCUGUGAGAAGCAGUAUCGUCUGGAGCAGGAGCUGGCCUUCCAUAAGAUCGACGCCAAGUUUGAACCGCUCCCUUAUAUGGCUUUUGUAGACCAGGUUGAUGGUGGCACGGAAGAGAGUGCGUACAUCGGCCAAGCCAGCUUCAGACGCAACGAGUUUGCCUCGGAGCAGUACCUCACCCCUAGGGGCCAGAAGCUGAGGUACCACCUCACCCCGGGGAGUGCAGAUGUGGACCCCUCCAUGAAGAGACAACUCAACGAGACCCUGGACAUUACCUUGGCGGAUAAAGAGAAACAGAUUGGUAGAGCUGAAGAAAGACUGGAGAAAUUACACAAACAGCUAGCUGAUGCAGAUGAUCAAAUCAGAUUGGUGAACGACAGGUUGCGAGAAGCAGAGCAUAGGAUGGAGAAAAAACCUCCUCUCGAAGAAGAGGAGCGCCAUCGCCUGGAGGGGUUGCUAGGCGAGCAUCUGCGCUCGGUAACGGGGCUCAAGGAUCGCAUCACUCAAUUGGAGGAUGGCAUGGCGACCACUCUGGAUAUCAUCGAGGCUAAGGAUAGAGAGAUGGCUGAUCUCAAGAGACAGCUGGCCUUGAUGGAGGAGGGCGACCCAAGACACGCUGAACUUCACGCCCAGCUGGCUGACAGGGAACUUCAGGCCGCUCAGGUAGCCAGGAACUACGCCAAUCUUCAGCAUGAUCUAGAUAACACCCUGGGUAGACUCACUGCAGAGAUGGAUAGGGUGAAACGUGUAGAACAACAACUAGCAGAUGGACAAGUCGAUCUGAACGACGAGCUACGUAACGAGCUGCAGAGCAUUGUGGGAGGCCUGACCAAUUACCUGAACCAGGUCAAAGGUCAGGUCAUGGAGCAGCAGAGGGAGAAUGCCCGGCUCCAGCAGGAGAGAGAGGAGCUCUUAGGGAGACUGAAGGAGGCAGAGAGGAGGAGAAAAGAGGAGGGACAGAAAAAGGUGGAUGCUCUGGAAAAGAAACUGAGAGAUGCAGAAGACGCUAAACAGGACAUUGAGGCUGAGAACCUGGCUCUGAAGGAAUCGCAGAGAGGGAUGAACUCACCAGACCCUGAGAAAGAUGCAAGGAUCAAAGCUGCCAUAGAAGAGGCCGGUAAACUGAAGAAUGCCCUGAGGAGACAGCAGAGGGAGGCAGAGGCUGACAAGGAGGAAUUAGAGCACGAGUUAGAAGCAAGACGCAGUGAGCUGGAGAGGGCAGCAGACCAGGCCAGACAAGCCAAGGGAAGCAAAGCAGAGGCUCGGGAUAUACUUGCAGCCAAACAGUUAGCUGAGGCACAGAAGGCCAACCAAGCGCUGAAGAACCGUCUCCGCGACCAGCAAGCGCAGUACGACGACCUCCUCAACUCCUCCCUCCACCCUGAAGAUGUAGCUCAGCGUAUCAACCACGCCGGUGAUGCCAUGGCAACAGGGCCGGGGGAGGCUGAGAGUGUGGUCGGACCUCAGGGAGAGGGCGAUAUAAUAGGGGAAUCUCUGGCAGGGCUACAGGGCCAGGUGGCGGGGAGGAUGAGGCAGGCGCAGCAGGAGGCCGAGAGGGCCAAGCGAUACCAGCAAAAAGCGGAGGGUGAAGCCAAGUCUCUGAGACAUCAGCUUGAGCAGAUGCAAGCAAGGUUGAGAGACAUGGCAGCAAGAGACCAGGACCAAACAAAGGGUAAGGAUGCUGUUUGA